GAGAUCUCCCGGGAUGGGCCCUAUCAGCACUGAGAGAGAAUGAAGUGGUUCAUUUCGGUGCAGAUGUUAUCUGGCUCGUCUGGGCUUCUGAGCAACAGCAACGGUAAGGUGGUGCAAGAGAAGCUCACCGACGUGGUCAGAGAUGACCAUUACCAGGUCAAGAAUCAGCUGGAUGAAAAGUACAAGGCUCGGGAUCCCUCUGUCAUAGUGAAGGAGGCCUGUGCAAUGGUGGGCAGUGAGCCACAGUACAACGUUGUCACUAACAACUGUGAGCACUUUGCCAACAAGAUGCGAUACGGCAAGGCAGAGUCUCUACAGGUGUGUAUCUAACUGUUGUGUUUGUUAACCUCGUUAACUCUUCCACAGCAGAAUUAGUGUGUAGAUGUUGUGUUUGUUAAAAGGUG